AGGACGGGGCUUAGACCGGGCCGGCGCUGCAGAGGACACACGGGACGGACGCUUUUUGUCCAUUUUCAUCAUGCCGAGAAAAAGAGAGACAGUUUCCAACGAUGAUGUUGAGAUUGAGGUGGACGGUGAUCUAAGUGGCAGCGAUGACGACGGACCCCAGAGGAGACCCAACAGGAGACAGGGAGCCGGGCGAGGAGGUGCAAAAGGAAGAGCCCGGGGGAAAAAAGCAGCCAGCGAGGAUGAAGACGAGGACGAUGAAGAUAAAGCUCCAAGGGGACGCAGGGUAGCAAACAAAAAGAAGCCCACGACAAAGAAACGUGGCGGUGGCGACGAUGACGAGGAUGACAGCGAGGACGAGGCUCCCAAGAGGAAGAAAAAAGCAGCAGUCAAUAAGAAGAAAGGAGGCAAAGCCCCAGAGAGUGAUGAAGAGGACAGCGAUGUGGGGAAGGGGAAGAAGGGAAAGAAGGCAGGGGGCAAGAAAGGGGGGAAGGAGGCGGAGAACACUAAGGGUAAGAAGGGGGAUGCCAAAGGGAAGGACAAGGGGAAAGACAAGGGAAAGGACAAGGACAAGAAGAAGAAGAAAAAGGACGAGAGUUCAACUGAUACCAACUCGGAGGAGGAGGAGGAGGAGUCCUUGUCAGAGGGAGAGAUGGCCCAGCUGUUGGAGGAGGUGGAGGAGAAGAAGAAGCUGAUUGCCACCAUCAGGAACAAGCCGUGGAGGAUGAAGAGGAGGCUAUUCGACUUGAAGGAGGCUCAGGAAUUCGUGGAUAAGUUUGAAGGAGCGUUGGGCAAAGGAAAGGGCAGGAAGUGGUUUGCCUACAAAGUGAUGAUGAAAAAGAAAUGGAUCAAGUUCCAGAGAGAUUUUGAGAAUUUCAGAACAGCCUGUAUCCCGUGGGAGAGGAAAAUCAAAGAUGUGGAGAGUCACUUUGGGUCAUCCGUGGCGUCUUACUUUAUCUUCCUGCGCUGGAUGUAUGGCAUGAACCUGGUGCUAUUCGGUUUCACUUUUGGACUGGUGGUCAUCCCUGAGGUUCUGAUGGGCCUUCCCUACGGGUCCAUUCCCAGGAAGACUGUACCCAGAGCUGACCAGGACACCGCACAAGACUACUCUGUCCUCAUGGACUUCAACGGCUACUGCAAGUAUUCAGUCCUGUUCUACGGCUAUUACAACGACCAGAGGACCAUUGGCUUGCUGAAGUUCAGGCUGCCUCUGUCCUACCUCAUGGUUGGAAUCGGCACCUUCGGCUACAGCCUGAUGGUUGUGAUCCGCACCAUGGCCAAGAAUGCUGAUGUCGGCGGUGGAGACGGAGACGAAAGCGAGUUCACUUUUGCCUGGAAGAUGUUCACCAGCUGGGAUUACCUCAUUGGCAACUCGGAGACUGCUGACAACAAAUACGCCUCCAUCACCACUAGCUUCAAGGAGUCCAUUGUGGAUGAGCAGGAGAACCAGAAGGACGAGAACAUCCACCUGCGCAGGUUCCUCAGGGUCUUGGCGAACUUCUUCAUCACCUGCAGCCUCGGUGGCAGCGGAUACCUCAUCUACUUCGUGGUGAAGAGGUCUCAGGAGUUCGCUAACAGGACCGACCUCAGCUGGUACGAGAAGAAUGAGUUGGAGAUUAUCAUGUCUCUGCUGGGGCUGGUGUGUCCUCCUCUGUUUGAGACCAUCGCUGAGCUGGAGGACUACCAUCCACGAAUCGCCCUCAAGUGGCAACUCGGACGCAUCUUUGCCCUCUUCCUGGGAAACCUCUACACCUUUUUGUUUGCCCUUUUUGACGAAGUCAACACCAAGCUGGAAGAAGAAGGAGCCAUUAAGAACGCCAGCAUCUGGGCCAUGAAAGAGUACUACGCCAACUACACGCUUUUGCUCAACGGGACCGGGGCGACCCCGCCCCCCAUGAGCCCCGCUGAUGUCAUCAGAGGACCCUGCUGGGAGACCGCUGUCGGCAUUGAGUUUGUGAAGCUGACCGUGUCGGACAUCCAGGUGUCCUAUCUGACCAUCCUGAUCGGUGACUUUGCGAGGGCGGUCAUCGUUCGCUUCCUCAACUACUGCUGGUGCUGGGACCUGGAGGCGGGAUUUCCGUCAUAUGGAGAGUUUGACAUCAGUGGUAAUGUACUUGGAUUGGUAUUCAAUCAAGGAAUGAUCUGGAUGGGUGCGUUUUAUGCUCCUGGGCUGGUUGGCAUCAACGUGCUGCGCCUCCUCAGCUCCAUGUACUAUCAGUGUUGGGCCGUCAUGGCCACCAACGUCCCGCAUGAGAGGGUCUUCAAGGCCUCCAAGUCCAACAACUUCUACAUGGGUCUGCUGCUCCUCAUCCUCUUCCUCAGUCUGCUGCCCGUCGUCUACACCAUCAUGACCCUGCCGCCUUCGUUUGACUGCGGCCCCUUCAGUGGGAAGGCGAAGAUGUUUGAUGUGAUCAUGGAGACCAUCAACCUGGACCUGCCGGCCUUCUUGGGGACGCUUUUCAGCUAUGCGGCCAACCCAGGCCUCAUCAUACCGGCUGUACUGCUCAUGGUACUGGCCAUCUACUAUCUGAACUCUGUGUCUGAGGCCUAUCAAAACGCCAACAUGGAGCUGAAGAAGAAGAUGCAGAUGGCUCGGGAUGAAGAGAAGAAUCGGAGGAACAACACGGACAGCACCAACCAGGUCAUGAAGGACCUGGAGGACCUGCUGCCAAACCGAUCCCUCAUGCCUCCUCCUCCACCACCUCAGCCCGAAAAGAAGCCGCAACCAGAAUCAAAGCCAACAAAAACGAAGCCCGGGACAGCGAGUAAAGGCGUUAAUCUGGAAAGAGACGUGGCUCUGGCAUCGCCCAACCCCAACCCCAACCCCAACGGCCGAGGCCCGGUGAGCCGGCCGCCGGGGCCGAGGGGACCUGCACCAACGCCGGGCGCUGAGCCGGGCCGGGGCCGCGGCCGUGGGAGGGGGGCCCCUCCGAGAUAACCGCGUGAGAGAAUCGCAUCCCUGCAGGCCGUGUUCAGGCCUCCAACCAUCUUGGUUCAUUCCACAGUAAGAGACAUAAAUGGGCACAAAAGCGAGAAGUUGUGGCACUUGAGAGAAAAGGACCUCCAUUAGGUCUCCAUGUCUCCCUCCUCUCUUCACAAGCUCUAUGUUGACCGUUGGGGGGUUGUCACAACACAACAACACAGUGCUGUAGAAUCAGAAACUUUUUCCUAACUCAUAACUUGAAGAAAGAAAGAAUGUGUGGUUGAUCCAUUCUCCUGCUCACGAGUGUCCUGAGUCAAUCAACCUUUCUGCACAUCCUUUAUUUAGACUCACACGGUGUGGAUCAGUUGUCACGUUGUCGAUGCUCAAGAUGCACGUCCCGAUAUCUUUGUUCAAACGAGACAAUUUAAGUUAGGAUUACUUUGUGCAAUUGUGCUAUGAAGAAAAAGUAAGAAUUAAAAAAGAAAAACAUUAAUCUCAGGACAAACUCUGUUUAAAUGUUCUAAAUAGCCAUCGCCAUAAAUACUUCUGAUAAUAUGAGAUACAGCAAGAUAGAGCUUCUUCCAUCCCAAACAAUCUUUCCGUGGCCAAGAAACAGACAAUUGAGCAAAAAUAAAUUCUUUGAAAAAAAAAGAUUGACAACAAAAUAUCUACAAAGACCGUUUUCUAGUUUCUAAAUGCAUCUCCCAGUCUCUGUAAACAUUCUUUAUGUAUUCCCAAUCAAAUAAAUCUGGGGUAUGAAAAGCCAGAUAUUUAGUACAAAUAAUGGCGUAACAGAUGAUGGAUAGUUCAAUAGAUACAUUGAAUGGAAGUCAAUCUAUUAAAGUCUUCCCUUUGGGACAGAAAUACAAAGUACACCAAUAUUGUAACUUAGAGGUCUUUAAUGCAGGAAAUAAUGGAUUUCAUCAUGUCUACUUUGUUCAUUAUGUUCAUACAUCCAUAUUA